AUGGCAUCUCUUACUCCAGGGAUACUGUUAAAGGUUCUCAAACAUAUAAACUCUGAUGUGAAAGUAUGUGGAGAACACCGGUCAAUUCUUCUCCAAGUUAUUAGCAUCGUUCCUGCAAUUACUGGUUCAGAACUUUGGCCAGACCAUGGUUUCUUCAUAAAAGUUUCAGAUUCAUCGCACUCAACAUAUGUGUCUUUAUCAAAGGAGGAUAAUGAACUCAUCUUAUCAAACAAACUACAACUUGGACAGUUCAUAUAUGUUGAAAAGGUUCAGUCCAGUGUUCCUGUUCCAGUUCUUGUUGGGGUCAGAGCAGUCCCAGGAAGGAACCCUUUCAUUGGAAACCCGAAGGAUUUGAUGCAAAUGUCAACUCCCUCUGGGGUUUUGGAAGCAUUGGAUCAACAACGGAAAACUACCAAGCCAACUGAAUUGUCUGAGAGUGAAAAGGAAAACUCUCAGAGGAAGGUAGUCAUCAAAGAGCAGAAGGCCGGUGUUGCUUCCCGUUACAUGCUUGGGAUAUCAAGCAACAAUGGUAAAAUUACCAAUCUAAACUCUAGCAUGGAUAGUGACAAAAGUAGUAAUGGAGGAAGUAGUGUUUGCGAGGCAAACCAAAAGCUGGUCUCUAGUGCUACGAAAGUGAAACAAGAGUCAAAACCUCAGGAAAGGCCAAAUAUUACCUCUCCUAAUAAUGCCAAGUUAGCUUCUACGAGACAAGAAGUUAAUAAGGAAAUACGCAAGAAUAGUGGCAGGCCACUCAGUCAGAACGGUUCUGCUGUAGUGAAGAAGCAAAUGCCAAGAGACAUAAAAAGGGAAUCAGCAACUGAAGGAAGCUCACCGCCAAAGCUUUAUAGGAGUUCACCAUCAACGCCAGCAAGAACUUCACCACCAAAGCUCAGGAGUUCACCACCAACGCCAGCAAGAACUUCACCACCGAGAAUCAAUGUGCCAGCAAAGGCAAAUGCUACCUCCAGUCCAGUUUCUUCUGUGCCUAAUAUUAAAAGAAGAGUCACAGAAACCGUGUCCUGGGAUACCCUUCCAACAUGCUUGAUCAAAUCUGGAAAGGCCGUUGUCAGGAGGAAGACUAUUGCUCUUAUAGUAGCAGCAGAGGCACAAAGGGAGGCUACUGCUGCUGCAUCUCUUGUGAAAGGCCUUGGAAUUUUUACCGAGAUACUGAAAUCCGCCGAGGAGGAUCCGCAUGGCGCAGUCAACAAGUUUUUUCAGCUAAACCGGCUUAUCAUUCAGCAAAACAUUUUCUGGAAAGAUAACUCGCCAGAUUCUGGCAAGGAAUCCAGACCAGAGAAGGAGAAGCCAUCAAGGAAAGUUUCUGCAUCUCAGAACAAAGCUGCUGGAAGUGGUGCAGCGAAGAACCCCGACGAUGCCUAUACGAGUGGUAAGCUCGAAUGGGCCAGAGAAGAUGGUUUCAAGGAGAUAGGCAGGUCAUGGAUCGAUCUGAAAAGGGAAUCACAGUCAUGGUUUCUGAACUUCCUGGAAGACGCGCUUGUGUCCGGAUUCAAAUUUGAGGGCCGAGUUAAGAACAGCACCAGAGAACGGGUGCGAGGGCAGUCCAAGGGUGGCGACGGGCAGAUCGCGGUCCGGCUGUCGCAGCUCAAGGAGACCAGCAACUGGCUUGACCAGCAGCUGCAGAGCGAGGGGGCGAAACCUGACGACGGUUUGGUCGAAACCAUCGAGCGGCUGAAGCAGAAGGCCUACUCGUGCCUGCUCGGGACCGUCGAGACCGCGGCCUCGGCUCUUGAAAGCAGAAACGGUUGCAGCUGA